CUUCAUUAAUUCCCGAGCCUAGAGAUCUUGAAAGAAUUCGGACAAACUGGCAUGGACGUCUCAGGCAGCUCACGAUAUUAGUGGGGGGAAAAGGACAUACAAAUCACACUUAAAAACCAUACACGAAACAGUAUGUUAUAUUUUUAACUACAACUCCCAAAUUCCGCAUGAGCCAUGCUGACUCGGGAUUAUGGGAACGGUAGUCCAAAUGUUCCGGAGACAGUAAGUUGCUUUCUGCUGUACUAGACUCCAGCGCAGCAAAGCACAACCUUUUUUGCUUUUGAAAGUACAUGCAGGAAGGAUGAGGGAAGCACAUACCAGAAGGAAAGAAGUGUCAAAAGAAACCAGGAAAUGUCACUGGACAACCACAUUUGCCGCUCUCUUUCCUAUCUCUACGCUUGAAGAACGGCGCUUUGGACAGUUUGCGCAUGCGCGCUGUAAAGAAAACGUUCCUCCUUCACGUGCUGGGGGGUUGGGGCACGUGAUCUGAUUUUACGCACAGGGUGGCUUCCGGUUGCGGCUGUCAGGAGAGCUCCGUGCUCCUCUACCAACCCCUUCCUGAUCCCUGGCUGAAGCGAUGGCGAGCGGUGGCGGCGGCUCGGAUGUUCCGUUGACAGAAGAAGGGGAGGCGAUGACGAUGCCCGGGCCCGGUGGCUGCGCAGCCGACGCCGAAGAGGAGGAGGAGGAGGAGCAGGAGGUGUUGGCUCUGGCCGCUCGGUUGAGGCGGCGCCUGAGGGGCUGGGAGGCGACAGUAGCAGCCGUUCAGCGGCUGCUGGUCUGGGAAAGGCCGCCACAAAGCCUGGCCGGGGCCGUCUCCCUCGGAGCUGCGUUAUGGCUGUUUUCCUCCACUUCGUUGCGUCCUCUGUUCCUCCUAAGCAUUGGUCUUAUUGGAGUUCUUCUGCUGGAGAAAUGGAAGCCCCAGUUCCUAUUGGAUUUCUCAGCACAACCCUUGGAAGAACUGGAAGGAGACAGGGAUAGUGAAAUGGCAGGAGCACAGCCUCAUCUGCUCAGUGUCCCAGAGCUCUGUCGGUGCUUGGCUGAGAGCUGGAUUACCUUCAGGCUGUACCUGCAGGAACUAUUGCAAUACAAGAGGCAAAACCCUGCCAAGUUCUGUGCCAGGAUCUGCUCAGGAUGCUUGAUCCUAGCAAUUGUAGGGCACUAUGUUCCAGGAAUCAUGAUCUCCUGCAUUGUCUUGCUCAGUAUCUUGCUGUGGCCAUUGGUAGUGUACCAUGAGCUUAUCCAGAGGAUGUACACCCGUUUGGAGCCCAUCCUGAUGAAACUGGACUACAGCAUGAAAGUGGAGACCUUGCAUCUUAAACAUGAAAAGAAAAAACGUCAAGGAAAGAGUGAGCCAGAAGCUGGCAGUGAGUCAAUGGCAGAGACAGAAAGUGAGAGUGAGGCGGAACUAUCUGGCUAUUCUCCAGUGGUGGAUGUAAAGAAGACAGCUCUGGCUUUGGCAAUCACAGACUCUGAGCUCUCAGAUGAAGAGGCCUCUAUCUUGGAGAGUGGAGGCUUCACGGUCUCUAGAGCUACCACACCACAGCUGACAGACGUGUCUGAAGAUCUGGAUCAGCAGAGCCUUCCUAGUGAGCCAGAAGAGUCCUUCUCCAAGGAUAUGGCAGAGUUCCCCUCCGUGGAGGAGUUUCAUUCCAGAGACUUGGGACCACCUAGUGAGGAUGACAACUUUGCGGUGCCUGUCCACAUGAUCCAUCAGCUGGACUCCACUGAGGAAGAGGUAGCAGCAGCAACAGGGAGCUUGGACACAUCCAUCUUGGGCCUGGCCUCCCCCCUGCAUUUUGUAAAUACGCAUUUCAAUGGGAAUGUGCAGGCAGCGGCAGGAGGGGCUGCUGAACCACAGGAUGCCUCUGCACAAGGUCUGGGGUUGCGCAUCGAUUCGCUGAGCCAAGAGAUCGUCACCACAGCUAUCAGUACGGUAGUGCAGAACACCUUGUCAGCCCUGCUCCACUCCUCUGAGGACAGCGAGGGGCCUUCCCUCUCUGAGUUCCUGCCCACUGAGCCUGAGGAGAGACUCAGCUUCCAAGCUCAGCUGUCUGAAAGUGAGGAGGUGGGAGCUGCCUCUUUACCUGGCGAUGAGGAAGAAGCGGAUGACUUCGAGCUACUUGACCAGCAAGAGUUGGAGCAGAUGGAUGCAGAGCUAGGCCUUUCUGGAGAGACAGAGGCUCCAGCCACAUCUUCCCUCCCUCCUGAAGAAGAACCAUCGCCCAGCUCAUAGGUCUCAUGGCUCCCCUGUAUUUCCGUAGCUGCAAGGAAGGACAAACAGACACAUGGCAGAGUGUGAUCUAUACUGACCGGGGAUGACAGAGCAUCCACAUGCACAGUGUUAUGUCUGGAAUAGUGCAUCGUCGUUGCUGCCCUCCUUCUCCUCCUGAUGUUGGCCUUCCCAACAGGACACUGUGUCCAGCCCAUGCUUCCUAGUGAUGAUGCAGUCUUUUGGUCUGGUUCUGCAGUUUGUCCAUCUUUGUCUCUUCAUCUUUGUUUUCUUUGCACGCUGCAUCUUCAGCUGGAUAGACCUGUUGAACAUGCCCACUGCUCAUCCCUAUGCACCAGUAGGAAGUAAAACAUUUUUAUUGGAUGGGGGUGACAACAGAAGGGCCUAAACUGUAAAUAACUUGAUGGAACCCUUGGUUGUUUAGUUGAACAGGGGAAUUGGUUGUAUGGAGGAACAGGUUGGGAUGGUCUUUUUUAGUUAGAAACUUGUUUUGGGAGGGGAAACUGGGCUUCAAAAAAUGACAAGUGGUAAAAUACUUUUGCUGCCAGAAUAGGAGGGACAACAUACCCACCUUGCACAAAAUAGCAGCUGCAUUUCCAAGGACUAAGCCCUCCUCCGUUAUUUUAAAAUCCCAGCCUAAUUUCUUCAACACAGUGAUGCAUAUACAAUCCAUCUGACCUGGGCUUCAGUAUGGGGUAGCUCAGUCUUUUGGAUUCUGAACUACUGUAUGAAGCCUCUUCCAUACCUGGAAAAAUAGAACUGAAUUGGAGAUAUACUGCAGGCCUUUCCCCCUUCUGCUGCUGCUGCUGCACUUUACAUGCAAAAUACCCUUAUUCCUCCUUGUUCCUUAUUUCUAUUUUGAAGGCCUGGCUGAGCCAGCUUUACCCUGUGAUGUACCUUGGGGAGAACACCAUCUUCUGCUGCCCUCAGUCUUGACUUGGGGAGAAAGCAGCUUUAGAAAUUAUGCGAGACAGUACUUUGUCUCUCUAGCCCUAUCUACUUACACCUUCAUUUUUGAGACUCUCAAGGUUUCCCUCUUUGCUAAUUGUAGUAUGCCCACUUGUGUUCUCAGGAGAAAGGAUUGGGUGUGGGGGAUUGUUCUAUUCCCCUGCCUGCAAAGGAGACUACUGUCCUACACUGGUGGCUGUAGAGGAUGCUACCUGCCCAGCUUAAUAGAAUAUAGUUUUAAAAAAUUGAUGUUUUGUGGAUGAAUCCUUCAAAAGUUGAUUUUAAGGUGCAACAGUAAAGUUUUAAUUAGCUGCCCCAUGUCAGCAUGGGUAUCGUUUGCACAGUGCAAGGUGAAGAUCUGCCUCUGGCAAUAGCCUUCUCAGCUCUGUAGAUACCGUUUUGCUCCCAGGGAUAAGUCUUCUUUCUAAAGGGGCAAGAACAGCAUUAUAAAUUGGUCACUCUCUUGCUGUACUAAUGCAUACAAGAUGGGUGCUUCUAGGCAAUCCCUGUCAUUCUUUGCAUUCUCUCAGGAGAAACUGCAGCUUAGGUUUCCAUAUGCAGGCUGUGAACAUGUGAAAGUUUGCCCUGGAAGCUUUUGCCUUUGAGUUAUAUUUCUGCAAGUUCCUUCAGAAAAAUUAAGGUGUUUUCUCUCCAUGUGAGUGGCAGCCAAAGGAAUUCCAAGCACAGCUGCAAGACCCCAGCUGUUCCUUAUGCUUCCUUCCGGAUGCAUUGGUGGCUGAGCCAUCCGUCACCCCUUCUCUUUGUAUUGGGAUUGUUUCCUGUAUUGGACUCCUUUCAGUCUUGCAGGAGUACAUUUUUAGGGUCACCUAGACAGAUGAUUUUGUUGACCAGAGUUGGUUCCGUUUCUGUCCUGUGUUGCUUGGCCCCCUUCCCAGUCAAAUCCUGGUGGAGGGAUGGCUGUUAAAAACAGCUUCCUCUUAAUGUCUGCACUUUGGAAACGGGCAGCUGCGUGGCACUGAGUGUGGAGCUUGCCUGCCUUUGUGUUGUGUCCUGAGCACAAAUGUUGCCUCCCCUCUCAAAAACCAGAACCCUUGCCUUUCCCUUUCUGGUGCAGGAGGCAUGUUUAUAUGUUGGUAUUUCUCUCUGGAGCUCUUAAGUUUUCUUCCUUUCCUUUGGUGGCAGCAGUGCUAUGUUGCUUCAGCAUAGGGACCUCCUAAUACAGGUAUCAGAAAUUACUGAUUCUGCCUAGGGAAGGUGGAAGGCUUUGAACUAUGUAGCAGUGUUUAUUCUAUGGCUAAAUAUUUAAAAACAAGAUGUAGUCUUUUUAAUUAAAAAAAGUUCAAAGAUGUGAA